AGAAGAGGCUGGAGUAUCAAACUGAAGAUCGAUAAGCUCUUGCUCGGCUGCUCUGCACGACUUCAAAACACCCAAUGGGCAAACGACUGAGCCAGCGACAAAGCCACAACGGGACGACGUCGCCGCCGCGACAAGCCGCCGCCUCGCCUCACCUCCAGGCUCUAGUCUGAUGAAUAGUUCCCGCCGCUCCUGCCUCCACGCUCAGCCUCUAACCUCGAACGGCUCGCAGCCUCCAACCUCGCAAGGCUCGCAGCCUCCAGCCUCGCACAACGCGUAGCCUCCAGCCUCCAGGUUUUCUGAAUUCUGUCAUUUCUCUUUUUAAUUACAGAUUAGGUUGUUAUUUGUCUUAUGAAGUUUUUUAAAAUAUUUUGUGUUAUGAAGCUAUUAACCAAUUAAACUAAUUGUUAGUUUUAAAUUUUUAUUUAACAAACUGACAUAACCGUAUAAGAGGAUGUUUGGAUCUGAUUCUUAAAACUUACAUCGUAUAAGUUGGAAUGUUUGGAUGAAAGUGCAGAAACAGAAUGAAACUAAUAGAAUCCGUUUUUUAGAAGCUUCUGAAAACUUAGUUUUAUUCUGCUUCUUCUUUAAAAAAGAAGAAGACAUAAUCAAUUCCAAACACCCCUGAGUGUGAUAUUCUGACUUUUCUCUUUUUAAUUACAAAUUAGGUUUGUUGUUUAUUUAAUGAAGUUCCUAUCUAAUUAUCCCAUAUAAGGUUCUCACUUUUUUCCCUGAUCGUCCUAUAUAAAAGUUUCUUUUCUUUUUUUAAAAAAAUAAUUAUUAAAUAUUAAAAGUAAUAUUAAUAGAUGUCAAAAUAUAUUAUAUAUUUAUCAAAAUUAUUUCUAAAAUAUUCUCGAAUUACCUUAUUCAAUUAUUCUCUAAAUAAUCAUGCUAUUUUUCCAUGGAAACCUUUAAGUAGCAUUUAAUAAAAACUAAUUAAACUAAAUGUUGAUUGUAUAUUUCUAUUUAACAAAUUGGCGUAACCGUAUAAGUAUGUUAUUACAUUGUUGGGUUAUUUUGUAAUUUAUAGUUCUUAACUAAAAUUUUAAAUUAACUUUUAACUUAAAAUUUGUAAACAUGUACGGGAUUAGUGGAGGAUUUCAAUAAUUUAUUAUCACUAUUAUCAACUUUAUUUAUGUUCUAUUUCUACGUCUGUUGGAAUGAGAAGCCCAAUUUUUUUUGUUGCACAGGGCCCUCAUUUUAUCUGGUCUGGUCGUGACUCUAAACAAAGCCUCAGCCAUUUCUCCCCCAGGUGUGGCAUCUCCGUGAUUCACAAUCCAUGAUCCAUUGUCAGAAACUAAGAGUGUCAUCUGCUGUGAUCAAAUGUCUUUCUUAUUUCUCCGGGUUAACCCACAUAUAUCAGGGAACUAGGUUUUAUAGAACAAAACAGAAUGCUCUAAUUCCGGGCAAAACUCUCCUAGCCAUUAGGCAAGAGGCCCAGUCUGCUCUGACAGAGUAUCUGCAUACCACCAGAAGCUUGCCGUUCACUGAUGCCGAGCAUAUAAGCAAAAACUCACCCCAUUUUCUUGAAACCUUGUUGAACAGGGUGAAUCUUGAAAAUGAUGUGGCACGAUCUGUUGUACGUUUCCUACGGUACAAUCCCAUCAAUGAAUUUGAACCCUUCUUUGAGAGUUUGGGUUUGAGCCCUUCUGAGUUCUUGCGGUUUCUGCCUCCAAAUAUUAUGUUCUUGAACGAUGACACAUCCUUGAUGGAGAACUAUCAUGCUUUGUGUAACUAUGGUGUUCAAAGAAAUAAGAUAGGAAUUAUUUACAAGAAAGCCCCAGAGGUAUUCCAGUAUGGGUCCGGUUUUUUGAAAUCAAAGCUCCGAUCUUUCGAAGAGUUUGGCUUGAAUCAGACCACAGUUGCUAAAUUUGUGUGUUUGAGUCCCCACCUUCUGAAAGAAAAUGUACAUAGAGACUUCUUUAUGGUUCUUGAUAAGUUAAAGAGUGUUGGAAUUGAGUCAGGGGUUGAUUAUGAAUGGAUUAAAGGAAAAUUAUCAAUUGCUGAAUCUUACAACUGGAGGCGAGUGUGUGAAGUGAUGUUUUUGUUCAAUAAUUUGAGUUUCAGUGAAGAACAAUUAAGAAAUCUUGUAUGCCGCAAUCCAGAGCUUUUGUUUGACACCUCUGGACAUAGUACAUUUUCACUAAUUGGAUCGAUGUUGAAAUUUGGAUUAGCACGGGAUGAUUUAAAGAACAUGUUUCUCAACCUUCCCAACAUCAAAGUUGCAAAGUUUGUUAGGAAUUUGCGAAACAGUUAUGUUUUCUUGGUUGGGAUCGAAAUGAUUAACCAUGAUAUUGGCAACUUGUUUCGUACACACAAUGUACUCCUGGGUUCAUGUUCUUUGAAAAAAGUAGUUACCUUGCUUUCAAGCUUGAAAACCGGGAAGAAGAAGAUUUGUAAAAUGAUCUUGGCGGAUCCUAAUAUUCUGAAGGAAUGGGUAUUUGGGUUGAAGGUCGGCCCAGUUUCCUCAACUGAGGAGGCUGAAGAGGAUUUAAAAUCAAAAACCAUGAAGACGAGUUUUUUGUUGAGUUUAGGGUUCAUUGAGAACUCAAGUGAAAUGGAAAAAGCUCUCAAAGCGUUCCGUGGCAGAGGGUUGGAGCUUCAGGAGAGAUAUGAUUGUUUAGUCAAUGCCGGUCUAAAGCCAAAGGAUGUGGCGAAGAUGGUGAAAGUUUCUCCUCACAUCCUCAACCAAAGUAAAGAGCACAUUGAAGCAAAGAUUGAAUUUUUAAAGAGCACAUUGGGAAUUCCCGUGUCGUGUUUGGUUUCUUUUCCAAAUUACAUCUCUUACACAUGUGAGAGAAGCACACUUCGGCUUUCAAUGUACAAAUGGUUGAAAGAUCAAGGGCGGGUGAGGCGCAAAUUGGCAUUGAGCACUCUUAUAGCUUCCUCAGAGAAAAUAUUCAUGAAGACUUAUGUGAAUCCUCAUCCUGGUGGCCCUUGUAUGUGGGAAAAAAUUAAGAGAGAAGUUUAUCCCAACUGAUUGGAUUGUGUUUAUCGGUAGAGUCUAACUGUGUGUCUGCCUGGCUACAUGCUAGAUUGAUGUAUGAUACAUGAUAAUCUGGAACUGCAGGACAUCAUAAUCCCAGGUUUGAAGAUCAUUUUAGUAUUUCUAUAUCUUGAUUCCCAAGUUCCACGGGGGUCGGGGAAUUGGAAUUGUGAAAUGUAAACAACUGUUUUACUAUAGUUUCCUAAAGGUUUCCAAAUGAAUUAUGAGACACCAAAAUGCUACACUCUAGGAGCAUGUGUGAUCCUGGGGAUUUUGGAGGGAGUGGAAAAGAAGGAUUCAUUGUUAUUUUACCAAUGUAUCUAAUAUUUGUUGGUUUUGGACUAGAAAUAACUGUAUGGUUAGUUAGAUCAGGUAUAUCUAUAUGGUUUUUUAUCUUUAUUUUAACUGUCUAAAUGUAGAAAUUAUUUAAAAAAUAAAUAUCUUCACUUCCCUUCGGAUUCCUUCAUGCAAACAAGCCCUGAGUUUGUGGGAAUCAUAGCUUGAUUUUUUUCUGUAGUGCAGUCUUACCUUAUUUUCGUUCCUAGAUUUUCACAAUAAAACAGUGUUUGUUUCUUCACCUAA